GGGAGGGAAAAACUCACGUGCGGUCUAGAUCUUCUGAAAAUCUUCAGUUUCUUAGGAAAAAGAAGUAAUGCCAGGAUUGUCUGAGAAUGGAAGAGCACCUUGAGAACCUUGCGUCACCACUGAACACUAUUCAGGAGAAAUGGAAGUUGUUACCAGCCUUCCUGAAGGUGAAGGGUCUGGUGAAACAACACAUCGACUCCUUCAACUACUUCAUCAAUGUGGAGAUUAAGAAGAUUAUGAAAGCCAAUGAGAAGAUUGUGAGUGAUGCUGACCCCAACUUUUACUUAAAGUAUUUGAACAUCUACGUAGGGAUGCCAGAUGUGGAGGAAGGUUUCAACAUCACCAAGCCUAUUGCACCGCAUGAGUGCCGGUUGCGGGACAUGACGUACUCUGCACCAAUCACAGUGGACAUUGAAUACACCAGAGGUAACCAACGAGUUGUCAGGAACAACCUGCCCAUCGGAAGAAUGCCCAUCAUGUUGCGCAGUUCUAACUGUGUACUGACCGGAAAGUCCCCCUCGGAGCUGGCCAAACUGAAGGAGUGUCCCCUGGACCCAGGCGGGUACUUCCUGGUCAAGGGGGUGGAGAAGGUCAUCCUGAUCCAGGAGCAGCUGUCCAAGAACCGGAUGAUUGUGGAAACUGACCGGAAGGGUCUCAUCAGCUGUUCAGUCACCAGCUCUACCCAUGAACGUAAGACAAAGACCUACGUGGUUCAGAAGAAUGCCAAGUACUUCCUGAAACACAACACUUUUACUGAGGAUAUUCCCAUUGCCAUUGCCUUCAAGGCCAUGGGUGUGGAGAGUGACCAGGAGAUAGUACAGCUGAUCGGUACUGAUGUGAGAACCAUGGCAGCGGUGGCACCCUGUCUGGAGGAGUGUCACAAGGCUCAGGUCUUCACACAGAAACAGGCUCUUCGGUUCAUUGGUCUGAAAGUGCGUCGUUCUCGGUGGGGUGGUCCCAAGAGAACACGAGUGGAGGAGGCCAGGGAAGUUCUACACUCCACCAUCCUCGCACAUGUGCCGGUUGUGAAGUUCAACUUCAGACUGAAGUGUGUGUACCUGGCCCUGAUGGUGCGGCGAGUUGUUCAGGCACAGGCCCAGGACAGAGUGGACGACCGGGACUACUACGGUAACAAACGUCUGGAGCUGGCGGGGCAGCUUCUAGCUCUGUUGUUUGAAGAUCUCUUCAAGAAGUUCAAUGCAGAGCUGAAGAAGAUAGCAGACCAGACCAUUCCCAAGCCUCGUGCAGCCCAGUUUGACAUCGUGAAACACAUGCGACAAGACCAGAUCACUAAUGGGCUAGUCAACGCUAUAUCAACGGGAAACUGGACAGUGAAGCGGUUUAAGAUGGACCGUGCAGGCGUGACCCAGGUCUUGUCCCGUCUGUCCUUCAUCUCAGCACUGGGCAUGAUGACCAGAAUAUCCAGCCAGUUUGAGAAGACCCGUAAAGUGAGUGGCCCUCGUUCUCUCCAGCCUUCCCAGUGGGGCAUGCUGUGUCCUUCAGAUACUCCAGAAGGAGAGGCGUGUGGACUAGUGAAGAACCUGGCCCUGAUGACCCACAUCACCACUGAUUCUGAAGAACAACCCAUCCAGAGACUGGCCUUUAACCUGGGCGUAGAGGAUAUCCACCUGUUGUCUGGAGAGGAGCUGAACUCGCAGGACGCGUACAUGGUCAUGUUGAACGGAAACAUCCUGGGCAUGAUCUGUGACCACCAGCACCUCAUCAAGUCCUUCCGUAAGAUGAGGCGCGCCGGCUACAUCAACGAGUUUGUGUCCAUCUGCCCCAACCACGAACACAGAUGUGUCAACAUCGCCUCCGACGCAGGCAGGGUCUGUCGACCCUACAUCAUUGUGACCAAUGGCAGGCCUAUGGUGACUAACAGGCACAUUGAAGAGCUGACGAAAGGCUACAGAGCAUUUGAAGACUUCUUGCGUGAGGGACUGGUUGAGUACUUGGAUGUUAAUGAAGAAAAUGACUGUAACAUCACAUUGUACGAGGCAGACAUCACAAGAGAUACGACCCACCUGGAGAUAGAACCCUUCACCAUCCUGGGUGUGUGUGCAGGACUCAUCCCUUACCCACACCAUAACCAGUCACCCAGGAACACCUACCAGUGUGCCAUGGGGAAACAGGCAAUGGGAGCCAUCGGGUACAACCAACACAACAGGAUCGACACACUGCUGUAUCUGUUAGUCUUCCCUCAGAGACCCAUGGUCAAGACUAAGACGAUAGAGUUGAUAGACUAUGAGAAGUUACCCGCAGGCCAGAAUGCCACAGUCGCAGUCAUGAGCUACAGUGGGUAUGAUAUAGAAGAUGCUCUUAUUCUGAACAAGUCAUCUGUAGACAGAGGAUUCGGUCGCUGCCUAGUGUACCGCAAACAGAACUGCACGUUGAAGCGAUAUUCCAACCAGACGUUUGACCGCGUGAUGGGCCCCAUGGUGGACGCCAGCACCAGGAAACCCAUCUGGAGACACGAGAUACUGGAUGUGGACGGGAUCUGUGCACCGGGUGAACGUGUACAGAACAAACAAGUGUUGGUAAAUAAGUCUAUGCCCAAACAAACGAUGAACCCUGUGCAGACUCCAGGUCAGCAGCCUGAGUACCAGGAUGUACCCAUUACUUACAAGGGGCCAGUGGACUCCUAUGUGGAGACUGUCCUGGUGUCGUCCAACCAGGAGGAAGCUUUUCUCAUCAAGAUGUUACUGAGACAAACCCGCAGACCUGAGAUAGGAGACAAAUUCAGCAGCAGACAUGGACAGAAAGGUGUGUGUGGCUUAAUAGUGAACCAGGAGGACAUGCCAUUUUCUGACCAGGGAAUCUGUCCAGACAUUAUCAUGAAUCCCCACGGCUUCCCCUCCCGAAUGACUGUGGGGAAACUGAUGGAGCUCCUGGCAGGCAAGGCUGGGGUGCUGGAAGGGAAGUUCCACUAUGGAACAGCAUUUGGAGGCAGUAAGGUGAAAGAUGUGUGUGAAGAGUUGGUUCAACAUGGCUUCAACUACCAGGGCAAGGACUACCUCACCUCAGGCAUUACUGGGGAGCCCCUGAAUGCAUAUAUCUACACCGGCCCGGUGUACUACCAGAAACUCAAACACAUGGUACUGGACAAGAUCCAUGCUCGAGCCAAAGGGCCGCGCGCCGUGCUGACCAGACAACCCACCGAGGGACGGUCAAGGGAUGGAGGUCUGAGACUUGGGGAGAUGGAGCGAGACUGUCUGAUUGGAUACGGUGCCAGUAUGCUCCUUCUGGAGAGACUCAUGAUCUCCAGUGACCAGUUUGAGGUGGACGUGUGUGGGGAGUGUGGACUACUGGGAUACUCUGGCUGGUGCCAGUACUGUAAGUCCUCCCGUAAUGUGUCCAGUCUGAAGAUGCCGUACGCCUGCAAGCUGCUGUUUCAGGAGCUCCAGUCCAUGAACAUAGCUCCUCGCCUCAAACUGGUCAAGUACAACGAGUGAAAAACCCUCCCACACAUUCAGAACCUUCAACACAUUCAAUACCAAGGUUGGCUGAAGUUUGGGAGCAGUCUGAGGGGGGAAAAACGUGUUUAGUGCCUUUCCCAAGGGCACAACGUCUGGGUGCAUGUCUGGACAUGUCUGGGUCCAACCCUGGGGAUUGAAUCUGGGUCCCCUUGCUACAAAUUCAAUAAAAAGGUUAAACAAUGAAUGUGG